GGGAGACGGCCGAGGGUCGGCAGCGGCUCCAGUCACCAGUGGCACCUGCUGCGGGCACUGCGGAGCGCCGACACCUCUGCAGCUGAGGGCGAGGCGGCUGUACGGAGCGGAGUUCACUGCACCGCCCGAGGAGGUGCCGGGAGGAGCGGGGUCUGCUACACCGCCUAAUCAGGUAUCUCCAGUUCCACCAUGGACCACGCCGAGUUUCGGCAGCGGGGUCGCCAGAUGGUGGACUACAUCGCCGACUACAUGGAGAGCCUGCACCUCCGGAGGGUCACGCCGGACAUCGAGCCAGGAUACCUGCGCGAUCUGAUACCUUAUGAUCCGCCCGAAGACAGUGAUACCUGGGAAGGUAUCAUGAAGGAUCUCGAGAAGAAAAUCAUGCCUGGGAUGGUUCACUGGCAGCACCCGCAGUUCCACGCCUACUUCCCGGCCGGAAACUCGUACCCCUCCAUACUGGCCGACAUGCUGUCCGGACUGUGCGUCGGCUUCUCCUGGGCGGCCAGUCCGGCCUGCACCGAGCUGGAGACCAUCGUUCUGGACUGGCUCGGCAAAAUGAUCGGCCUGCCCGACCAGUUCCUCUCCUUCACCGAGAACAGUGUCGGCGGCGGCGUCAUUCAGACAUCUGCCAGCGAGUGCGUUCUGGUCUCACUGCUGGCGGCGCGGGCGCAGGCCAUCAGGAAACUGAAGCAGCAGCAUCCGACCGUAGAGGAGGGUGUCCUGCUCUCCAAACUGAUGGCCUACUGCUCCAAGGAGGCCCACAGCUGCGUCGAAAAGGCAGCCAUGAUCAGCUUUGUCAAGCUGCGUAUUCUGGAGCCGGACGAACGAUUCAGUCUGCGCGGUGCAACCCUGAAAGAGGCGAUGGACGAGGACCGCGCGCUGGGCCUGGUGCCCUUUUUCGUGUCCACCACCCUGGGAACCACGUCCUGCUGCUCGUUCGACCGUCUGGACGAGGUCGGCCCCGUCUGCCGGGCCGCCGAUGUGUGGCUGCACGUGGACUCGGCCUACGCGGGAAACGCCUUCAUCUGCCCCGAGUUCAAACCGCUGAUGAAGGGCAUUGAGUACGCCAUGUCCUUCAACAUGAACCCCAACAAGUGGAUGCUGGUCAACUUCGACUGCUCCACUAUGUGGGUGAGGGACCGGUUCAAGCUGACCCAGGCCCUGGUGGUGGAUCCGCUCUACCUGCAGCACAACUACUCGGACAAGUCCAUCGACUAUCGGCACUGGGGGAUACCGCUCAGCCGCCGUUUCCGCUCUCUGAAGCUGUGGUUCGUGAUCCGAAGUUACGGCGUCGAGGGCCUUCGCCGAUACAUCCGGGAGCACGUCAGACUGGCGAAGCGAUUCUCCACGUUCGUCGAGGCCAACCACAAGUUCGAGCUGAUGAACGAGGUCAAGCUGGGUCUCGUCUGUUUCCGUCUGCGAGGCACCGACGCGCUGAACCAGAAGCUGCUGACCAACAUCAACGCCUCGGGCAAGCUGCACAUGGUGCCGGCCUCCAUGAACGACGUGUUCGUCAUCCGCUUCUGCGUCUGCGCCCAAAACGCCACAGAGAAGGACAUCCUGUACGCCUGGACAGUGAUCGUCAAGUUCGCAGAGGACCUGCUGGCGGAGGAGAAACUUCCUCUGGAGAACAAGACCAUCGAGGCCCUGAAGGAGGUCAAGGUGAACGGUGCCGAAAGCGAGCUGGCCAAGAAGAACCGCGAGGCCCUGCGGCACAAGCGCUCUUUCUUCGUGCGCAUGGUCUCCGACCCGAAACUCUACAACCCCAAGAUCGUCAAGACUCUGCCGCGAACGGACACAAACGGAACGGACUCCGAGUCCGAGGCGGCUGCGUCUCUGCGCAGCCCCAGCAUCCUGCCGAGAUCGGGCGCCGGACCGUUCCCCGGCCCCGUCCGGGCUCCGGAGCCCACCGGCAUGGUCUUCAACCCGUUCAUGCUGCUCGGCCGGCGGACGCAGAGCGAAUCGGCCGUGCUGCGGCUGCCCUGCCCGACCAUUCAGGCGCUGCUCUCGACCCCAGCAGCGGCCCCGCCGGCGCCGGGUCAGCCGUCGGCAGCUCUGUCGGGCAGCGAACCGCAGCUAACAGACGCAGAGGAGGUGAUGUCAGGGAAGCAGUCUCUGCAGAGCAGCCAGGCAGCGGCGGCCGAGGGCCCGCCGCUGGCCGAGAAGGACAUUUGACACGGACUGGCGCGGCCGCCGACCGGGGGAGCCCGGGGCCGGCCCGCCGCCACCUCCCCGGCCGCCUCCCCGGCCGCCCCAGCUGUGUCCGUGGCCCUCACAUCCACCACACUGUUUCCCUCCUCUGUCGCCGCCUCUGCCACCUCCUCAACCCGUCCGUCCCUCCUCUCUCCCUCCGUCAGCUCCAGACCGCGCGUCCGACCGGGCGCCUUCGCCGACCUCGUCACCAGGGCUGUCCACGCGCGGGCCGUUGUAAACCGCCCAUCUGUGGGCGUCACCGGCUCCUCCGCCGCUGCUCCUCUCCUGCCCACACAUCUGACCUCCACGGCAGCCGCUGCCGGAGCCCCUGACGACCCUGGUGAGGUACCGUCGGCCGCCGCCACCGCCUUCGAGAGGUGGCUACGAUGGAGACGCUCACGUGCGGUGGAGAUUUUCGGUGGCAGUGACCUAAGCGCUGAGGUACAGACGAGUGAGCGCAACUAGACGUCACAGGUAGAGACUGACGCAUGGUGGGCGAGGGAAGGCAGAUGUGUGUUGGUGUACUGGUUUCUACACUGUCUGGCUGACAGCAUGCGGCGUAUUGUAGCUUUGCAUGACUGUAGCCGCCGUCUGCUCCGCUCCGCCAAAAAGGCCAGAUGAUUACCACGCUGUAUUGUAACAGCGCAUGUGCAUGAGCACGGUUUCUGCCAAAGACACACAAACAAAUAUAACACAUACCACAGUUGAA